AUUGGAGAAAAAAGGGCUCCCGAGCUCCCGUCUCGACCGGUCAUGCGGCUGCUCUCGCGAGCUCUCCGGGUGGCGCAGGGCUGCCGGGCCGCCGCGCUGCCCCAUCAGAGCCACCGAGCAGCGACGGGCAGGGGCAGCGCGGCGGGGUCGUGCCUGCUGCUGCCGCGCUGCGGCCUGAGCGCCCGGCCCGGCCUACAGGAGUUGUUUGCCGGCCCCGCCUUGCGCCGCCUGCUGGAAGCGCAGGGCGCGGGCGGGGUGGGGCCGGAGUUGGCGGCGCGGGUCCGGCGGCUGGGCGACAAGGAGCAGGAACUGUGCGAGAUGCGGGAGCUGGCGCGGCAAGAUGAGAGUGAAGAUUUGCGGAAGCUUGCGGAAAAGGAGAUCGCCACCUGUGAAGAAGAGAUAGCUGAACUGAAACAGCAGAUAGUGUUGCUUUUGAUUCCUUCAGAAGAAACAGACGAGAGUGAUCUUGUCAUGGAAGUAACCGCUGGAGUUGGAGGGCAGGAAGCCAUGCUGUUCACCUCGGAGAUAUUUGAUAUGUAUCAACGAUAUGCUGCCUAUAAAAAGUGGAAAUUUGAAAUAUUAGAAUACUUUCCCAGUGAAAUAGGUGGCUUAAGGCAUGCUGUUGCCACUAUAGCAGGUCUUGAAGCUUAUAAGUACAUGAAAUUUGAAGGGGGAGUUCAUCGUGUUCAGCGGGUACCAAAGACAGAAAAACAAGGACGCAUCCACACCAGCACAAUGACUGUUGCAAUAUUACCCCAACCGACCGAGAUGAAGCUGCAAAUUAAUCCAAAAGAUCUACGGAUAGAAACAAAGCGAGCUACUGGAGCUGGAGGCCAGCAUGUCAAUACCACAGACAGUGCUGUACGGAUAGUUCACAUUCCAACAGGGAUUGUGUCCGAGUGUCAACAAGAAAGAUCUCAAAUUAGAAACAAAGAGAAGGCUAUGCAAAUGCUAUGUGCUAAACUGUACAAUGCCAAGCUGGAAGAAGAAACCAAAAAGAGAAACAGUGUUCGAAAGGUUCAGAUUGGGACUAAAGGAAGGUCAGAGAAAAUCAGAACAUACAACUUCCCACAGGACCGGAUUACUGACCACAGGAUAAGCAGAUCAGUGCAUCAUAUUGAGUGUUUCAUGCUAGGAGAAGAAAAGCUAGAUGAAAUGAUACAAACUCUGAGAGAAUAUGCUGAUUAUGAAUCUUUAAUGGAAAUUAUUUCAGAAAAUGAAAAAAAGAAUCUGUCAUGAACAUUGCUCUUUUUCAGCCCAUUACAACAGAUGUGGACUUACGUCUGCAAAGGAGCUUCUUGGCGCACCACUCAGAAAAUUCUACUGCUUUUCAGAUCCUGAAAGAUACCACAACUUGUUUCCUCAUGACUGAUAAACAGUUUUCUUACUUGCUAAGUAAAAGACUUUAUUACCUUUAUAUGAGACGUUAUUGCUGAAGCAGUUCACUUAACGUUUAGGCUGGAAGUAGCUGCAGUUUUUAACUUUCUCCACUGGGAAGAUGCUGAUACACCACUCUUGAAAGGUACACAUUAAACAAUUAGCUAUU